AUGAGUGGCAACACCGCUGCAAGCAUGUCGCUGUUCCAGGAGGAGGAUAUGUAUAAUUCUUCCGAGGACUUUCAGGGAGAUACACAGGCCGGAUCCUCGGCAGAGCAGACGGAAGGUGACAACCCCGAGAGUGAUGGUGAUAGCACCCUCGAAGACGGUGCCUUGAAGAUGACUGGAGUCUCGCAAACGGAGGGAUACGAAACUGCACCCACGAUUGAUCUCGCGGAGAGCACCGCUAAGGCGCAUGUGCUGGGCGAGAUAGCGGGCGCCCGAGACCGGGAGACGGGGUUGAAUGGCGGCGACGACUUGGACAUUCUAUCAACGCCCUCAGAACUCUCUGCGCCGCACAGGAGAAGGAGAUUCGGUGACACUACUACCCGGACCGGGUUGCCCUCAAUCGACCAAGAGCUUGACUGGUCGAGCGAGGCAAAGGAUUGGGAGUUCUCCAACAGGCGACUUCGCCCGCAGUAUCCAUCGGUUACAUUUCAGCCUUUUUCCAAGUUUAAAGGGACGCAACAGUCAGACCGCCAGAUCUACCAUGUCGAAGUCACCAUCUUGACCGUGGAUAUUGAACAAGCGAGCAUGUCGGGAUACUUGCAGAUCUGCGGGCUUACCCCCGACCACCCGACCUUGACCACUUUUUUCACAGGAGAGAUCAUCGGCGGGCCAAAUCAGAAAUACAGCUUUAGGACGAAAGACCCGGCUUGGGGUGCCAGUGAUAAGACUGAUCUGACUCACUGGGCGAGGUUCCCCGCCUGGCGGCCGCUUAGUCUGCAUGCGAAACGCAACAUCAAUUUUGUCUAUCCUUUGAAUCACGAGGAUUGGUGGCAGCAGGAGGUGAUCUUUAUGAGAUGGAAGGAACAUUUCCUGGUGCCGGACUACAAAUUGAAAAGCAUCCAAGGAGCCAGCUUCGAGGGCUUUUACUAUAUCUGUUUUAAUCAAGCGGAGGGACGAGUGAGCGGGAUAUAUUUCCACUCCAAAAGCGAGAAGUACCAACAGCUCGAACUGCAACAUGAGGGCCAGCAAGGCGUUUGGGGGAAGGGCGUCUGUCCUUCGGUGGAAUUCCGUUAG